UUCCUGUAGUCAUUUCCCCAGUUUGGCUUUCAUCCGUUUAAAAUGCGGUGGCCCUAGCACAUUAGUCCUGAACCCUAACCCCCGGGUGCUCACCAAACCUGCAGACCUGUCUGCUCCUCUCUCAGAAUGAGGCACUCCUUCCUGCCCUGGGCAGUGGCCACUCUGCUUCUGCUGGGAGAUCCGGUGGCUCUGGAGGAAUCAGGACCUGACCCAGAAGAAGCCGUGCAGCUUCAGAUAAUCAACUUUAAUUUUGAAACCGUAUGGGUUACGUGGAAUGCAAGCGAAUACCCUGGGACUAAUUUGACUUUCUCCUACAAAUUCAGAGGUGCUACCAUGAGCCAAUGUCACAACUACACUCUUGACCAAGGCUACACCUCAGGCUGCGUCUUGGAGGUGGAACCAGACGAGGACGGCACUAGAGAUGUUAUACUCGAGCUCUCUCUCUGCAACAAAACCCGUGUCCUUCUGAAUUAUAGUGUGUGGAUCAGCGAAUACCUGAAACCCAGCUCUCCGAAAGACUUGACCUUCCUGUGGCGACAGGAGACAGUCACUGUCAGGUGUUCCAACCUUUCCUACAACGGUCUCCUAUAUCAAAUCCAGUACAAGAGCAACUUUGAUUCCGAGUGGGAGUCUACGGAGCGGAGAACCUGCAGCAUUGCAAUAGAAAACUUGGAUACUGAUAAAUGCUACUAUUUCCGCGCCAGAGUGAAAACCAUGGAGUCCAGAUAUGGCCCAGAGACGUACCCCAGUGACUGGUCAGAAGUGACCCAGUGGCAGGGGGGAGAGCAGAAAGAUACGUGCCUGCAGGAGGAAACGUCCUUCCCAAGGUUUGUCUUGAUCGCUAUUCUGGUGACCCUCCUCACUGUGUGUGUUCUUCUUCUGUUCCUGUGGAAACGGCAGAGAGUGAAGAAUCUCCUCAUGCCCAGCGUGCCAGACCCAAAAUUCACCUUUCCCGGGCUUUUUGAGGACCACAGAGGGAACUUCCAGGAGUGGAUCAAGUUCACUGAGAACGUGGCCCCUGUGAAUAAAGUGGAGAAUGAAGAGGAGGACUGUGCCCUGGAGGAGGUGCCCGUGGUCCAGCUGGUCAAGGCCAAGGUGGAGGCACCCAUGACAGGCCCAUUGUGCCCACAGAUGCAGAUGGGAGAGGCCCUGGGUCCUGGCCUGCAUCCUCUUCGGCCCCCCCAACACAGUGAUGUGGUCACCCUGGGUGGCUUUUCAUUUGUGGUAGAUGACGAUGCAUACUUGAUGCUAUGAGAGAGUGCCCCCUCCAGAGCCAAAAACAGGGUCAACGUUGGUGGUAAAGGACCAAAGGAGAUGCCCCAGCGGUCAGCACCAUCCAGGACCCAUGAUGCUGCUGUCUGGGGCACUGAAGACCCCCACUGCCAGACCAAAGGGCUCCCUGGGUCCAGUUUUAUUCCCAGGACAUUUCCAUUCCAGGGCUUGACGGUGGGGCCAUUGUAGGUGGAACACCUCAUUGGUUUGGGGGUUCCUUGCUCUCAGAUUGCACCUCCUCCUGUCUGGUGCUGUCCACAAAAAUCUUGAAGAAGGACAGCCAGGGUGCAUGGAGACCACCUUCUUGUGUGCACACAAACGACACAAAAAAAACCCAGGGCUGUCGAGGUGCACACAGGGACCAUCAUUUCUGUCACAAAGUGCAUCGAUGGGUAGUUUCUUGGACUUUUUGUUCCAUGGGAUAAAUAGACAGAUGAUAGAUGGAUGGAUGGUGGAUGGGUGGAUGGAUGGUGCAUGGGUGGAUGGAUGGUGGAUGGAUGGAUGGAUGGUGGGUGGGUGGAUGGAUGGAGGGAUGAAUGGAGGGAUGGAGGGAUGGGUGGAUGGGGGUGGAGGGAUGGCGGGAUGGGUGGAUGGAUGGAGGGUUGGAGGGAUGAAUGGAGGGAUGGAGGGAUGGGUAGGUGGAGGGAUGGAGGGAUGGGUGGAUGGAUGGAGGGAUGAAUGGAGGGAUGGAGGGAUGGGUGGAUGGGGUGGAGGGAUGGAGGGAUGGGUGGAUGGAUGGAGGGAUGAAUGGAGGAAUGGAGGGAUGGAGGGAUGGAUGGAGGGAUGAAUGGAGGGAUGGAGGGAUGGGUGGAUGGGGUGGAGGGAUGGAGGGAUGGGUGGAUGGGUGGAGGGAUGAAUGGAGGAAUGGAGGGAUGGGUGGAUGGAUGGAGGGAUGAAUGGAGGGAUGGAGGGAUGGGUGGAUGGGGGUGGAGGGAUGGAGGGAUGGGUGGAUGGGUGGAGGGAUGAAUGGAGGAAUGGAGGGAUGGAGGGAUGGAUGGAUGGAGGGAGGGAUGGAGGGAUAGAUGGAUGGAUGGAUGAAUGCUGGGUGGGUGGAUGGAUGGAUGGGGUGGAUGGAUGGAUGGUAGGUGGAUGGAGGGAUGGGUGGAUGGAUGGAUUAGUUAGGUGGGUGAAUGGGUGGAUGGUUGGAUGGGUGAGAUAGACAGAUAGAUGCUGUUGACUCUGACUCAUGGUGACCCCAUGUACAAUAGAACAAAAUGUUGCCCAGCCCUGGGUCAUCCUCACAACUGACAACAUGUUUGAGUCCAUCAUUGUGGCUAUUGUGCCAACCCAUCUCACCAAGGUCUCCUUUGCUCUUGCUGGCCCUCGACUUCACCAAGCAUUGUGUCCUCCUCCAGAGAUGGAGCCCUCCUGAUGACCUGUCAAAGCAAGACUCAGACAAUGUUCUGUCAUGCUCCUUAGGGUUUUCACUGGCUGGUGUUCAGACAUAAAUCAUCAGGACUUUCUUCCCCGUCUUCUUAGUCCGGAAGCUCACCUGAAAUCUGUCCACCAUGUGACCGGUUGGUAUUUUGAAAUGCUGGUGGCAUAACUUCUAGUAUUACUGCAACAUGCAAGCCACCACAUUAGGACAGACUACCAGACAGACAGACAGGGUGGGGGGUGGCUUUCUAUGGGAUGAUCUCCAGAACAUGAAGUGUGGCUCUUUUGGAUAAUAAAAAGAAGCCUGUUUUUAAAAUACCAACCCCAAGAAGCAGGUCUUCUGAAGAAGAAAGGUCCCCUUUGUAGCCACGUGAACAUUUUCUUCAGGAGACCCAACCUCUGCUCCUGGGUCUUCACGCAUGACAUGAUUCUGUGUCUAAGAGACAGUUGAGUUUGAAAACCGUCAUUUCAGUCACAUGAAGCCUCCUGUCCCUUGAGUUUGUGUUGGCUUUUCACGCCAUUGGAAUAAAGGGAAUAAGAAAAGCGUUGGCACGAGAACUACGUGAGAUCAAGUUGGUUUCUGAUGUGCUUGUAGAUAGUGGGGACGAACGUGCUUCUAGUGCUUUCUCCCUCCUUCAGGCUCGAAGCCCUCAGUGUUGCUGGGUGACUGACAUUUAGAUCUUCAGGUGGGAACUGGGUCGAAGUUGUUUUUCUGUGGGGUCCAGAAAAGGCUUUGCAAUCACACCUGGGGUGUAUGAGUGUGUGGCGUGUGCAUGCGUGUGUGUGUGUGGGUGUCUAUAUGUGGCUUGUGUGGCGUAUGUGUGUGUGUAUGUGUGUAUGGGUAGGGGCGGCCGCCCCACAGUUCCUCUGAUCCAUGCCCUGCUCUGGGUGUCCCGACAGCCAUGUGUGAGCGGCCCCCUCACAGCCCAGGCCCUGCAGCUCCACCACCCAGUUCUCUCCACCUGCCUGGACCCCCUGGGCUGUGCCGUGGUGGAGGGUGAUUUUAGGGGAGAGCAGAUUGGUCGGACCCGGGGCCCUUUGUGAGGCUGAUUGGGUACUUCCUUUUCAGAACAGUGUGUUUUGCUUGGAUGCAUUUUAUCCCAUAGUGAGGAAUAAUGAAGAAAAAGAAUGCCUGUUACCCAUUGGUACAGAUGCAAUUUAAAUGUGAACAGAACAGUUUCCACGGGCAGGCUCCAGCCACCUCAGGUACUGUCCACAGCUGCAUGUCCCCAGUAGGCUCAGAAUGCUGACCUUCCAAUGAAGGGCCUGGAGCACACAAGGACCCUUGUACGUAGGGUGUAUAAGAUGUAAGAUUCCUCCAUUUUUUGAGUCUUUGUCCACGGUCCCCGCUGCUUCCUAUUCUCUCUGUUUAUUUUUGUUGUUGUCGAAGGUAUAGGCAGCAGAACACACACCAAUUCGACAGUUUCUACUUGUACAAUUCAGAGACAUUGCUUACAUUUCUCAAGUUGUGCAAACAUUCUCACCCUCUUUUUCUGAGUUGUUCCUCCUCCAUUAACAUAAACUCACUGCCCCCUAAGCUUCCUGUAUAACCUUUCCAGUUACUUUAGUCAAUUUGAUCCCAUACAGGUAGUUCUUAAAAGAGCACAAUGCUCAAGGCAGAUAUUCUUUACAAAUUAAGCUAAAUUAUUGUUUGGUCACUCUGAGGAGUGAGGUGCACCUGACCCAAGCCAUGGUGUUUUCAAUUGUCUCAUAUGCAUAUGAAAGCUGGACAGUGAAUAAGGAAGACUGAAGAAGAGUUGACCCCUUUGAAUUGUGGUGUUGGAGAAGAAUAUUGAAUAUCCCAUGGACUGCCAAAAGAACGAACAAAUCUGUCUUGGAAGAAGUGCAGCCAGAAUGCUCCUUGGAGGUAAGGAUGGCGAGACUGCGUCUUACAUAGUUUGGACAUGUUGUCAGGAGGGAUCAGUCCCUGGAGAAGGACAUCAUGUUUGGCAGAGUACAGGGUCAGCGGAAAAGAGGAAGACCCUCAACGAGGUGGAUUGACACAGUGGGUGCAACAAUGAGCUCAAGCAUAACAAUGACUGUGAGGAUGGCUCAGGACCGGGCAGUGUUUCAUUCUGUUUUGCACAGGGUCGCUAUGAAUCGGAACCGACUCAAUGGCACCUAACAACAACAACAACAACAACAUUAUCUGGUUAAGGAUCCCUGGUGGUGCACUGGUUAAAAGCUCGGCUGGUAGCUGAAUCGUUGGUGGUUUGAACUCACCCAGGGGCUCCAAGUGACAAAGACCUGGCAGUCUGCUCCCAUAAAGAUUACAGGCUAGAAAACCCAAUGGGACAGCUCUACCGUGCCCUAACAGGGUUGCCGUGAGUCAGAAUUGACUGGACGAUAAUGCGUUUGUUUUUUUUUGGAUGAUUUUUUGGUUCUUUCCUAUUAUUUUGGAACCCUGCUCUUUAAGUGAUACCUUUAGAGGUCCACUUUAUAAGCCAUUUGGAGAACAUCCAUCUUAAAUAUCUUGGUGACAUGCUUAUGCUGACUGUCCAAUCCCACAAGCCCAGCCCUGGAGAGCUUUACAGUAAAUACAACCAGGGUGCUACUUUAAAGGAUUCCCUGGGCAGCACAAACAGUGAAUACGGUCAGCUGCUAGCAGAAAGGUUGGAGGUUAGAGUCCACCAGAGGUGCCUCGGAAGAAAGGCCUGGCAAUCUACUUCUGAAAAAUCAGCUAUUGAAAAGCCUGUGGAGCACAGUUCUACUCGGACACACACAGAUAGGGGUGCCACGAGUCGGGGCCCACUCCGAGGUAAAUGGUUAUGUUUCAUUUUGGGGUUCAUUCCCUGUGUUGUACAGCCUGACGAUAUUUCACGAAUGUGUAAUGUCACCUGCCCACCAUCACGGUAUCAGACAGAACAGUUUCCCCACCCCAAAAAUACCCUGUGCCCCAACUCUUUAUUUGAUAUAAUUUUGCUCACCAUGCGGUAACUCUCGGAAGAUGUAGUUUUCCUUCUCAGGGGUGUACCUGACUUCGGGGUUUGCGUGCGGCACGGAAACCAGCAGAAGGAAGCCGUGGGUGUUGCGGAUAAUGGUGGUUUGAGAGAGAUGCUGUCUAUCUCCCCUCUGUCUGGUCCACGUUCUCUACCAAAGAGGCACUUCACUUUCUGUUCAUCUCCAGUCCUAAUCAUCCCUGGUAAUCAAUAACAGAAAAGGCUGUUUAAAGUUCAGAGGCAAAGAACUGGAAAUCCCGAGUGAGAUUCGGUGUGCCUGCCCCAGACCACAGUCUGAAAAGACAGGUGACAGGUUUAUGUGUUCAGGUCAAAGCUGUAAGCGGGGAGGCUGCACCGACUGUCCCCACAGUCGAAUGAACAGAGACAGACAGGCAGUGGCCAGGCCUUCGCAGAGAAAGACUGAACACUGUACAGCGCUGUGUGACCUCAGGUUUUCCUAACUGUCUCUGGUCCCCCUCUUUCCCUGGGACUUACAGGCCCUCACGAAGCUUGGUCUGUCCCGUCCCUGACAGCAAUGGCAUUUAUGGCUGUCAUUCAUGGGUGUGCUCAGAGCGGUGAGAAAUAUGAGAAGCAGGACAUGCACGUACCCAGCUGAGCUGGAACAAGGCGACGCUCUCCUUCUUGCUUCAGCUGGCCUACAACGGAUAAGGGCCUUCUUCGUGGUUUGUUUAGUGCCACGCACAUUUCUCAUUUCUGUGCUUUUUAUUGGUGAUUUUGCUCUUUCAAAGGCCCCCAGGCAUGGAGCUGAAGUGCUGCGUGGUUAUCCUAAGCCAAGGAUCAGUGUGACAUGCCUUGCAGAGAAAAGACCUGUGUUAGAUUAGCUUGGUUCCCCUAGGUCGAUAUUCUUCAGUCAACAACAGACAUUGAAAGCUCAUGAUCUUGAGGGUUGUGUGUCAGCUUGGCUGGGCCACGAUUCUCAGUGGUUUGGCAGCUAUGAUGUAGUCUGGCAGUCGUGUGAUGAUGUGAUCACCCCCACCAUGGGAUCUGACAUGACGCGAUCACCUCCACGAUGGGAUCUGAUAUGAUGUGAUCACCUCCAUGAUGGGAUCUGCUGUGAGUAACCAAUCGGUUGAAGGGGAAUUUCCUUUGGGAUGUGGCCUGCAUCAAAUACAAGUGGACAUUCCGGCAAGGCUCAUGAGCUUUUCCUGGUUCUGGACCCUGCUGCUGCCUCCUCUUCACCUGACCUCUGCUUCUUGGGACUCGAGCUAGCAGCUUACCUGAGGUAUUUCCUGACAGUCUCUGCAGCCUGUAAGCAGGAGCCCUGCCCUCUGACCUGCCAGUCCUGGGUUUCCCAGCCCCUGCGGCUAUGUGAAUCAGGAAAAUCCUCCAGCCUGACCCACGGAUUUUGGGACGUUCCAGCCUCUACACCCUCAUGAGCCAUUUCCUUAUACAAAUCUCUCUAUGUAGAUAUUUGUACAGUUUACUGGUUUUCCUUCUCUGGAGAACCCACCCUGAGACAGCGUUGUUAGUAGCUGUCGAGCAGACUCCAACUCGUGGUGACCCCGUGUGUGCUGAGUAGAGCUGCCCCAUAGGGUUUUCCAGGUUGUGACCCUUCAGAAGCAAAUCACCAGGCCUUCUUCCAAGGCACCUCUGAGUGAGCCUGAACUGCCAACCUUUAGUAGUUGGCACUUAACCGUUUGCAACACCAAGGGGCUCCACAUAGUAAAUAAAAACCAAAAACCAAACUCGUUGCCAUCGAGUGGAUUCUGACUCAUAGUGAGCCUAUAGGACAGAGUAGAACUGCCCCAUAGGAUUCCCAAGAAGUCGCUGGUGGAUUUGAACUGCCAACCUUUUGGUUAGCAGCCAAGCUCUUAAUCAGUGCACCGCCAGGGCGCCAUAUAUUAAGUAAGGUUUCUUUAAAGAGAAACACACACAAAACGAGGUUACGUAUGGAUUGGAUGGUGAAAAUGUAGUGACCACAGGCUCACAGGAACCUAACCCUGUAUUUCCGCCGCAGUGGUAAUACCUUAUUUGCCGUCAGUGUUCAUGGCAACCUUACAGAACACAGCUACUGCAAAUAAUAAUAACUGGCCCUCUUUCACUCUCUGAUUUUAGUAUCUAGUCUGCAGCAAUUACUCAGCCUUUCAUGGUCUUUCUUCACCUUGAUUUAAAAACAUUUUGUAGCUGUUGUCGUUAUUGAAAAUAUACACAGAUAACCUUUCACCAAUUCAACAGUUUCUGCACCUACAAUUCAGUGACGUGGAUGACAUUCUUGGAGUUGGGCGACCAUUCUCACCCUCCUUUUCUGAGUUGUUCCUCCCCCACUCACAUCUACUCACUGCCCCCUAAGCUUCCUAUCUAAACUUUAGGGUUGCUGUUCUCAGUUCGAUCCCAUAUACGUAGUUCUUUAAAAGAGCACGAUGCUCAGGGCAGAGACAUUCUUUACUGAUAAACGAACUUACUGUUUGACUUAAAGAAGACCCUUAUUAUUAUUUUAACCUUGAUUUUUGGAAGAGCCGUUGAAAGUUAUCGUCGAGUCAGCUCCGACCCGAGCAGAACAGAACAAAACGUUGCCUAGUCCUGAGCCAUCUUCACGAUUGUUGGUAGCUCGACUCCGCUAUUUCAGCCAUUGUGUAUUUUCAGUGUCUUUCAUCCUAUGGGGCUCAUCUUCCGGCACUAUAUUUCAGACAAUAUUUUGUUUUGAAGACUUCAGGCCAUUAUUUUGUACAAAGUCCCUUGACUUGGGAAGUUACCAUCUUGCCCUUUGUAAUUAAUGAACUAUUUGGGAAGAAAUACUUCAGGACUAAUGGUUAGCAAAUAGUUAGCAAGCUUGACUGGAUGUAGGUUCGAGUCCACCCAGAAGAACCUCAAAAGAAAGGCCUGGCAAUCUCCUUGAGGAAAAUCAGGCAUCGAAAACAUAGCUUUCGUUAUCCUCGAGAAAUUUACUCAUUAACUUAAGCCCAGAAUCUCUAGAAAGUCCUUUCAGGGUAUAUAUGUUAUGCUGGAAUUACAGUUUCUCAGCAUUUAUGUGUGCUCAGAAUUGAGCCAUAAAAACUUAGCUCAGCAAUCCAUCCAGACAAACUAGUCCUCACUUUAAUGAAAAGUUAACCUUUGGGUUUGAAAGCACUUCCUGUCUGUCUCCUAUCACACACAAGACGAGGGCUAUCCAGGUCAUCGUGGGUGUGCUUAAAUUACAUGCAAAAAACUAUUAGGUUUUUUAACAGAAAAAAAAUUUCCCAGACAUAAGCCAGCCGCAGUGAGGUGCCGCUGGCUACUCAGGGAGAACGCAUCGUAAAAAUGUCUAUGUUUUCUUAGCAUUGCUGCUUACUACAUUUUCACAUUUUUUUUCAAUUAAAAAACUUCUCAUUAGAUGAAUAUUUAGAGGCUAAAUUUGUACGUCUGUAUGUCUGCCAAGAAAACCCCGUGGAUUUAGGAAAUGUUGAGCUUCGUGGGCCAAGAGGCUCUAAGUCUUAAGUCCAAGUCUUUUUUUUUUUUUUUAAGUUUACAUUUUUUAAAAAUUGUGCUUUAGGUGAAAUUUUACAGGGCAAAUUAUUUUCUCAAUCAAAAAUUUAUACACAAAAUUUUUUGUGACAUUGUUGCAAUCCCUGCAAUGUGCCAACUCUUUCCCCUUCUGUGCCCCAAUUCCCUGUUGCCAUCUGGCCAUUUUUCCUGUCCCUUCCUGCCUUCUCCUCUUUGCUUUUGGGCAGGUGUUGCCCUUUUGGUCUUAUAAACAUGAUUGAAUUAAGAACCAUGUUCCUCAGGUGGGUUGUUGUUUGUUUUAUGGGCCUGUCUAAUCUUUGGCUGAUGGGAACCCUGGUGGUAUAUUGCUUAAGAACUGUGGUUGCUAACCAAAAGGUCAGCAGUUCAAAUCCACCAGGCGCUCUUUGGAAACUCUAUGGGCAGUUCUACUGUGUCCUAUAGGGUUGCUAUGAGUCGGAAUUGACCCGAUGGCAAUGGGUUUGAUUUGGUCUGGGUAAUCUUUGGCUGAAGGGUGAACUUUGGGAGUGGCUUCAGUUCUGAGUUAGAAGGAUGUCUGGGAGCCAUAGUCUCAGGGAUUCUUCCAGUCUCUGUCAGACCAGUAUGUCUGGUCUUUUUUGUGAAUUUGACUUUUGUUCUACAUUUUUCUCCCACUCUGUCUGAGACCCUGUGUUGUGAUCCCUGACAGAGCAGUCGGUGGUGGUAGGCAGGCACCACCUAGUUCUGGGCUCAGACAGGUGAAGGCUGUGGUAGUUGUGGUCCAGUAGUCCUUUGGAUUAAUCUUCCCCUUUUGUCUUUGGUUUUCUUCAUUCUCCUUUGGCCCAGACGGGGUGAGGCCAGUAGAUGUAUAUUAGAUGGCCACUCGCAAGCUUUCAAGACCCCAGAUGCUACUCACCACGGUCAGCUGUCGGACAUUCUCUUCAUGAAGGAUGUUAUGACAAUUCACCUAGAUGACCUCUGGGACCGUGGUCCCCAGCCCUCGGCCCCAGUUGCUCAGUCCUUCGGGGUGUUUGGAUGUGUGUAGAAAGCUUCUAUGAUGGUGCCUUGGUCAAGCUGUGCUGACCGACUUGCUUUGUACAAAGUUCUGAGGUGUAAAAUCCUCAGACACAGGCGUGUACUCACGCAUACACAGACUUGUCACGCACGCAUGUUCACACACGCUCGUGCACAGGCACACACUCACACUCACUCAGCUACAACUCACACACACACCCUUCCACACUCAUAGACCCACACUCACACACACCCAUACCCACCCACUACUCACACUCACACGCUCACUCACUCAACCACUAGCAGACAACUACACACUUAUGCACACCCUUGCACCCACACACUAACACACUCACACACUUCUCACACACACUCACAUAUUGAUAACACAUACACACUCAUGCACACUCAUAGAUGAGUACACCCACACGCUCACUCACCUCCUAAUCGCACACUCACUAACAGCCACACACUCACACACGUACUCACACAUUCACAUUCUAACAUUCCCAGCACUGGGCAUGCCCUUUUGCAAACAACAGCUCAAUUUUGUAACAACUGAGCCAACUAUUUCCCAGUUAGUGCUUUGCUGAGCCCUGUUACAGGGUCCUGUUGGUCUGACCGGAGCUGAGGACACCAAGAACUCCUUAAGCAGGGAAUUUUCCUCGGCUCUGUGCCCGGCUUCCGCAUCUGGGUGGUCACCACCCUGAAUGCAGAGAGUAAGGGAUUCUGGAAGCUCAUUUUAGCCGGAGAAGGUAAGGACUCUUUAAUUUCCGCAUCGCAUAAAUGUGCCUUCGUUUGUAGCUGAAACUUAUAAACUUAUCACAGGCAGAUUGUGUUUUUCAUACGACUUGGGUCCUUAGAUUCCAUAUGGGGUCACUCACGUCUCCGGGAUUCUGUGGGGGUCACGGAGCACUCUGGAUUCGCUCACACAUAAAAUCCGAGCAGUGUCGACCGAUUAUUCACAGUGACGGGCUCCCGCUCUUCGUGUGUGAUAGAAUAUUUUUUUAGAGAGUCAUUCACCUUCUCUAGGAAGUUGCUCAAGGCUUGAAUUCCCUAAAGCUGGGGAAUCUCUGAUCCCACCUUGGGUGUUGUUAUUGGUUGCCUAUGAAUCUGCUGUGACUUGCGACAACUCCAUGUACAACAGAACAAAGUAUUGCCCGAUUCUGCACUAUUGUCACGCUCACUGGUAUGUUGGAGCCCAUUGUUGUGACCACUGUGUCAGUCUGUCUCAUGGAGGGUUUACCUUACUGGUCUGGAAAAAAAAAAAAAGCAGAUGAAAUUAUCUCUUCCAGGCUGCUGGGGGCUUUCUAACCCUGUGGACCCCUAUAAACAUCCUACCUGCCCACCACGGGCAGAACCGGGGCUCCCUGUCCAAGUCUCUGUAACAUUCGAGCAGCUUCCCUGCACACCUGCCCACGUAAAUGUGUGUUCCUCCAUGAGGACCCUCCAGCUGGGUGCUGACUCCAAGGCUCCCCAAGCCCAGGACCUGCACAGAGUGGGCUGCCCCUGGGCAAACGAGGCGACGAAUGGAAAUGUGAAAAUGAGCCUUGAAUUUAUUAUCAGAGCAGUGGAAUUAUGGGCCUGAUACUGUCAUGGUGGACACAUGGCGUUAUUUUGUCAAAGCUCACAGGACUGGACAGCAUAAAGCACGAGCCCUGAUGUAAGCGAUUGUUAGCUGCUGCUGAAUCGGCUCCCGACUCAUGGUGACCCCAUGCACGAUGGAACGACACACUGCCCGGUCCGGCACAAUCCCCAUGAUCAGUUGUGAUCCAUUGGAUUUCCACUGGCUGGUUUUCAGAAGUAGAUCCCUGGGCUAUUCUUGCCCUGUAAACUGUGAACUCUAGUUAACAACAAUGUAUCAAUAUUGGGCUUCAAUUGUUAGAAAUGGACCACAUAAUUGCAAGAUGUUACUAAUAGGAGAAUUUCUGUGCUAGGGGAGAAGGGUAUGUGGGUACUCUGUGUACUUUUUGCUCAAUUUUCUGUAACCUUAAAAGUGCUCAGAAAAAGUAGAGGGGGGGAUAUUAAUUAAAAAGGAGCCCUGGUGGCAUAGUGGUUAAACAGCUCAGCUGCUAACUAAAAGGUCAGCAGUUCAAAUUCACCAGCUCCUUGCAAACCCUAUGGGGCAGUUCUACUCGGUCCUAUAGGGUCUCUAUGAGUCGGAAUCGACUAGAUGCCAACGCGUUUUAUUAAUUAAAAAAAAAUGUGACUGGAGAUUUUUUUUUAUGGAGCCCUGGUGGCGCAGUGGUUAAGGGCUUGGAAGGCCAGCAGUUUGAAGCUACCAACCCCUCCUUGGGGACCUUAUGGGGCAGUUCUACCCUGUCUGAAAGGGUUGCUAUGAGUCUGAAUUGACUCAAAAACAAUGGGUUUGGAGAUUUUUUAUUCAAAGAGCCUAUUCUGUUUGAUACUGUAAUGGCGGACACAUGUGAUUAUGUAUUUGUCAAAACCCGCAGGAAGGUGCAACGCGAAGAGUUAAUCCAAGUGUAAACUAUAGGAGUCCCUGAGUGGUACAAACAGUUAAGCACUCAGCUGCUAACUGUAAGGCUAGAGGUUUCAGUCCAGCCAGAAGUGCUUUGGAAGAAAGACCUGGCAAUAUAUCCAAAAAUCAGCCAUUGAAAACCGUGAGGAGCACAGUUCUCCUCUGACAGGCAUGAAGUGGACUCCAGGGGAACUAGGAACAGUGAGAACCAUGGGCUUUGGUUACUAGUAAUGUAUCCAUGUUGGCUGAUCCCUGGUAACAAAAGUAACAGAGGAAUAUAAGAUGCUACCAAUGGGAGACACUGUAUGGUGGGAGAAGGGUAUAUGGGAACACUGUAUUCCCUGAUUAAUUUUACUGUCCACCUAAAACUGCUCUAAAAAAUAAAGACUAAAGGGGAAGUUAACACAGCAUGACCGAGGCAAAGGAAGACACUUAGAGGAACACACCCCACCACCCACAAGGGGAGAGAAAAAAGAAGCAACCACAGCACGUACUAUGAUAUACAACCCUACAACAAUAGUAAAAAAGAAAAAAAAAAUACAAGCAGAUACAUAGGCAGAUAUGUAUGGUGAAUAGGGGGAGGGGGUGUGUUUUAUUACACCCAUAUACAUAUUUAGGUUAACCACCCACUGCCGUCGAGUCAAUUCCGACUCACAGCAACCCUAUAGGACAGAGUAGAACUGCCCCAUAGAGGUUCCAAGGAGCGUCUGGUGGAUUUGAACUGCCAACCUUUUGGUUAGCAGCCAUAGCUGGUUAGGCUGCAGGUAUUUUCACACACAUACUUGUAUGUACAGCAUGUAUGUUCAUAUAUACAACAGAACACAAAGGGCACCAUCGUAGGAGCUUUCUAGACACAUCCAAACACCUUGAGGGACCAAGUUACUGGGGGUGACGCAUGCGUACCAUUGUUUCGGGGGACAUCUGGGUCAAUUGGCAUAGCAUAGUUCAUAAGAAAAAUGUGCUACAUCCUACUUGUUGAGUAGCGUCUGGGGUCUUAAAAGUUUGUGAGUGGCCCUCGAAGAUACAGCUGUUGGUCCCAUUCCAUCUGGAGCAAAGGAGAAUGAAGAAAACCAAAGCCACAAGGAAAAUAUUAGGCCAAAGGACUAACGGACCACAUGAACCUUAGCCUCCACUGACCUGAGCCCAGAACUAAAGGGUACCUGGCUACCACCACCAACCGCUCUAACAGGCAUCACAACAGAGGGUCGCAGACAGACUGGGAGAAAAAUGCAGGACAAAAAUCAAAUUCACAAAACAAAAGACCAGAGUUACUGCUCUGGCAGGGAUUGGAGGAACCCCCGAGACGAUGGCCCCCAGACACCCUGCCAACUCAGAACUGAAGACACUCCCAAAGGCCACCUUUCAGCCAAAGAUUAGACAGGGCUAUAAAACUAACAAUCACACAUGUGAGGAACGAGCUUCUUAGUUCAGUCAAGUAUAGAGACCAAACGAGCAACUCCUGCCCUAAAGCCAAGAGGAGAAGGUAGGAAGCAGAGAGAUGAACGAAUGGACACAGGGAACCUAGGGUGGGAAGGAAAGGGGGAGAGUGCUGACACAUUGCAGGAAUUGUAACCAAUGUCAUAAAACAAUUUGUGUAUAAAAUUUUGAAUGAGAAACUAAUUUGCACCAUAAACUUUCACCAAAAGCACGUGCGCACACAAGCGCACACACACACACAAAAUGUGGAGUUUUUUUUUUUUAUGAUAUAAUUAUUAUGCACUUUUUUUAUUGUAUUUUAGAUGUAGGUUUACAGAACAAACUAGUUUCUCAUUAAACACUUAGUACAACAUGGUUCUAUGACAUUGGUUAACAACCACACGACAUGUCAACACUCUCCCUUCUCAACCCUCGGUUCCCUAUUACCAGCUUUCCUGUUCCCUCCUGCCUUCCAGUCCCUGCUCUCUAGGCUGGUGCGCCUCUUGUUUUCCUCCAUGCACCUGUUCAAUCUUUGGCUGAAGGGUGAACCUCAGGAAUGACCUCACUACUGAGCUGAAAGGGUGUCUGGGGGGCCAUACUCUCAGGGUUUCUCCAGUCUCUGUCAGGCCAGUAAGUCUGCUCUUUUUUUGUGAGUUAGAAUUUUGUUCUAUAUUUUUCUCCAGCUCUGUUAGGGACCCUCUAUUGUGAUCCCUGUCAGAGCAGUCAGUCAUGGUAUCUGGGCACCAUCGGGUUGUGCCGGACUCGGUCUGGUGGAGGCCGUGGUAGUUGUGGUCCAUUAGUCCUUUGGACUCAUCUUUCCCUUGUAUCUUUAGUUUUCUUCUUUCUUCCUUGCUCCCAAAGGGGUGAGACCAGUAGAGUAUCCUAGAUGGCUGCUCACAGGCUUUUAAGACCCCAGACGCUACUCACCAAAGUAGAAUAUAGAACGUUUUCUUUAUAAUAAACUAUGUUAUGCCAGUUGAGCUAGAUGUUCCCCGAGACCAUGGACCUGUGGAGAUUUUUAACGCAGCGAAACUUUAGGUUUAACACAGUAAUGGUGGACGGAGGACAUUAUGUGUUUUUCAAAACCCAGAGGACUGUACAACAGAGAGAGAGAACACUUCUGCAAACUAUGCGCUUUAACUGGUAACAAUGUAUCAGUGUUGGUUUUCCCAUUGUAACAAAUGUGUCACAGGGAUGUAAGAUGUAACAACAGGAAAAACUGCUCUGGGGAAAGGGAGGAUGGGAACUCCGUACUUUCUGCUCAAUUUUACUGUAAACCCAAAACUGCUCUAAAAAAAUGAAAUCUAUUUAAUACGUUAGUCCAGGCUGACCUGAUAGCACCAGUGUAACCAAACAAGGGUUCUUGUCCUGUCCCGUUAGCUGAUGGAAAUAAGACGGACGCCUUUUGGUUAGCAGCUGAACACUUAACCAUUGUGCUGCCCACUCUCCUUGGCAAGGAUAUUGGAGCACCUACAAAAUAGGCAGUGUGGAUGUGGACUGGGUUUGCGAUGUCAGCGUGUGUUCUGGGUGGACGGGGGGCGGAGAAGUCCCAAGGACCCUAAGCCCUCCUGAUCUCCCAGAGAAGGAAGCAGCCUGACUCCCCAGUCCCUCCAGCCGCAGACCCAUGGUUUGACGAGUUUGUCUGCUUUCUGUCCGGAUCCCCAGGCCGUAAUUGUACGUUAGUGCUUGAAUCCAUCAAGUACUUAAUUCUAUCUGCAUUUCUGCCUGCAUUCCAAAGAAAAACAAAACCUCUUUUAAAGUGUUAAAAAGCAAAGACUAAGGUGCCGUUGACCCAAGCUGUGGCCUUCUCAAUCGCCUCCUAUACAUGCAAAAGCUGGACUAGGGAAAAGAAGGCUGAAGAAGAAUUGACACAUUUGAAUUAAGAUGUUGGCGGAGAAUAUGUAAAACACCGUGCACUGCCAGUCUUAGAGGAAAUACAACCAGAAAGCUCCUUAGAAGUGAGGAUGGAGAGACUUUGGCUGGCUUUCUUUGGAAGCAUCACCAGGAAAGAACAAUCGCUGGAAAAGAUACCAUGUUUGGUAAAGUGGAGGGUUGGCGAAAACCAGGAAAACCCUCCGUGAGAUGGAUUGACUCGAUAGCCGCAACAGUGGGGUCAAACACACCAAGGAUCAAGAAGACAGUGCAGGACCCGGCGAGGUUUCAUUCUGAUGUAUGUGGGGUUGCCGUGAUUUGGAGCUGACUCAAUUUCACCUAACACCAAAAAGGCUUGUAAAGCCAGCCUCUAAUAGUAGGGAAAAAAAAAAUCUUCUAAUUAAUUUCAUAGGUGUAGAGUCCUCAUUACUAAAAAUAAUGCAACUUAUGCUGUUUGAUGCCUCAAAAAUCAAAAAAUAAGCCGAUUCACAAAUCACACGGCACACCUCAGAACAGGCACGCUGUUUUUUUUUUUUUUUGCUGGUGUUUAUAGGUGUGACUCCAGCCUUCCUCCACCCCCUCUUUAAAAUAAGGCUUUCUAGCAGGAGAACAAAUAUCUCUGUGCCCCUGGACGGGGUGGUGGUGGGGGGAGGCCUCUUUUAUGGCAGCAGAACCCGUAACUCUGGAGCCAGUCUCCCUAAGCCCGUCCUCAGCGCUGUCACACUGUUGCUGGGGGCCGUCUUGUCCAUUCCAACUCAGAGCGACUCCAUGUGACCGCGCAGAACGGCCCCAUAGGGUUUCCUAGGCUGUCAUUUUGCAGGAGCAGAUUGCCAGGCCUUUCUCCUGUGGAGCCUCUGGGUGGGUUCAAACCAUCGACCUCUCGGUUAGCAGCCAAGUGCUUAACCACUGUGCCACGAGGGCUCCUUAGGAUAAGUAAAAACAAACAACAACAACAAAAACCGGUUGCCGUCUUGUUGAUUUGGACUCAUAACUGCCCUACAGGACAGAGUAGAACUGCCCCAUGGAGUUUCCAAGGAGCGGCUGGUGGAUUCGAACUGCUGACUUUUUGGUUAGCAGCCAAGUUUUUAACCGCUGUGCCUCCAGGUCUCCCAGAAUAAAUGUGCAAUACCACAACAGUGGCUUGGCUAACAGCGUCACAGUGCAUACCCUCUGGAGAUAUUUUCGAUUUCUGUGUAGGGCAGAACUAUCUAGUGUCCAUGUUUUGAAUUAAAUUUGAUAACAUUUUGAAAUAAAAUCCUGCAGCACUAGCUGUGGGUGUUUUUGGAACCAGGCCUCAUAGGCGUUGACCUCUAAAGAAGUAAACAGCUGUCUUGUGCCCUGUUGUGUCAACACAGUGUUGCUCUGGUUGGGUACCGUUGGGUGGAUUCCAACUCCUAGAGACCCCAUGUGGCAGAACUGCUCCCUAACGUUUCCCAGGCUGUAAUCUUUAAGGAAGCAAGUUGCCAGGCCUUUCUUCUCAGGUGCCUCUGGGUGGGUUUGAACCGCUGACUUUUUGGUUAGCAGCUGAGUGCUUAAUCAUUGCACCACCAGCUCCUUUGCCUUGCACACAGCCUUCACAUAAAUUCCAUAGUCCUUUAGACGUGCCCAGCUAAGGGGCAUAACCAGCUGGAAUCUGCUCCCCCUUCCAAAGAAACAGAAAUGAAACCUCUUCAGGUUUCGCAGUGUAGGAGAGAAGAAAUACAGCCUGUGAAUGUCCCCCUGACAGAUAAAAUAGCGUUCUCACUUCUAAAGGAAAACAGGCCUUCCUAGGGGGAGGCCUGGGAGAAAUUUAGCCAUUCCUCCCGACCUGGGUGGACUGCACCACUUUCUAAACACGUGCGCACGGUGUUAUGUUUUGUAAUUAAAUUAAUUUACAUACUAAACUUUUGAUGUGUGUUUGGAGCUCCCGCCCCCUCGGGGUUGUUGGAGAAAUGAUACUUAUUCAACGUGAGCUGUAAAGAGCCAGGCGUUUUCAGAUUUCCAAAGUCUGGGAACACGGGAGGCAUUUGGGCAGCCACCUGUCUGUCACUUAAAGGAGAGAAAAGGAGGAGGGGGCUGCGUCCGGCCCCAAACCACCCCCCAGCCUGGCUCCAGAACAAAAGAAAUGUCGUGUCUCCUAGAGUUUACUGUUUUCAUGUUUCUGUUAGCAUCCAUCACAGGCAGGACAAACAGCCCAAACAAAAAUAAACCAAACCCACGGCCGUUAAGUAGAUUCCGACUCAUAGUGACCCUGUAGGACACAGCAGAACUGCCCCAUAGGGUUUCCAACGAUGCAAUCUUUACGGGAGCAAAUUGCCUUAUCUUUCUCCAGCACAGCAGCUGGUGGGUCCGACCUUUCGGUUAGCAGUCAAGCGAUUUAACCACUGCACCACUAGGGCCCCUGGAACGAACAUACAGCAGCUUGUUAUUCUUUUCAUUCUGGGGAAUCAAGCUAUGUGCCGUGAGGAGAACUAUAUUUGUUCCCACCCCUAUGCAGGCAGUCCCGGACCUUCCAAAACACCCACGCCAAGAUGAAACCACAGGACAGAUGUUUGAAUGGUAGCUAAUGAACAGGAUACCUUGAUAGUACAACCAACAAAACUAAAAAUAGCAACAACAACAAAAAAACCUACUGAUGUGGAGUCCCCCCCUCCCCGACCCCUGACUCACGGUGACCCUGUGUGUGUCAGAGCAGAACUGUGCUCCACUGGGCUUUCGAUGGUUGAUUUUCCAGGAUUAGAUUGCCAGGCCUUUGUUCUGAGGCACAGUUGGGUGAACUUGAACCUCUAAACUUUCGGUGAGCAGCCGAGCAUGUUAGCCAUUUGCACCACUCGGGGACUCCCACCAGGCAAUCACAGAUAUUUCAAAAUAACUUAUAUGAAGGUCAGGAAUCCCAGAACAGACAUUUGAAUGAUAGUUUAAAAAUGGGGUGUGUUUUUGUAUGCAUUCAAGUUGAUUCAGACUCGUGGCGACCCCACAUGACAGAGUAGAACUGCCCCAUAGGGUUUCUUAGGCUACAAACUUUACUGGAGCAGAUCACCAGGUCUUCAGAAGAGUGGCUGGUGGGUUCGAACAACCACCCUUUUAAAUAGCAUCCGGGUGCUUAACCACUGUACCACCAGGGCUCUUGUGGAUAUAUUGACAGACGGGUAGAAUUAAGAGGACUCGUUGUUUCUUAUCACAUUGAAAGUGCAGACAAAAACUGAGACAAUCACUGGGAUAAUCCCACAUCCCCCUCCCGGUCAUUGUCCAUUUUUACCUGGAAUCUUGUACGGAGCCACCUUGCUUUCUCUGCAGGUUGCUGGCUCUGGAUUUAUCACAGAUAUUAAGGAAGGCCUUGGUGGUACAAUGGUGAAGUGCGUGGCUGCUAACCAAAAGGUUGUCUGUUGGAAUGCACCCAGCAGCUCUGCGGAAGAGAGACCUGGCAAUGGGUUCCUGUAAAGAUGACAGCCUAGGAAACCCUAGGGGGCAGUUCCUACUCUGUCACAUGGGCUUGCUACGGGUCGAAAUCGACUCCAUGGCACCUGAGAACAACAACGUUAAGCAUAGAAGGUAGACCUAGAAAGACCUCUGUGCUUGGUUAUUUACCUACAAACUUGAUGGCUGUAUCCGAGACGUGUUUGGAAAAUUACGUUUUCUAUUCUCAAACCUCCGUACUGCUGGCCUAUAGGAGGGUUUCAGAAGGCUGCCCAGCGAGAAGCUUGAAUCCCGAAUCCUCGCUAUCUCUGAGAGAGAAGCUCUCUGUUAAAGGUCUACAAAAUAUGGUUCAUCAGCGGAGGUUUGCCGGAGGUGACAGCGUGGGGGGAACAUGUGGAAAGACAGAAACUGCGAAGUACACUCACACACCCCUGUCCGUGAAUUUGUUGUGUUGUGUUGGCUUGCAUGUUGCUGUGAUGCUGGAAGCUAUGCCACCCGUAUUUCAAACACCAGCGGGGUCACCCAUGGUGGACAGGUUUCAGCGGAGCUUCCAGACUAAGACAGACUAGGAAGAAAGGCCUGGCAAUCUACUUUCAAAAAUCAGCCCGUGAAAACCGUACGGACCACAGCAGAACAUCGUUUAAUAAAGUGCCGAAAUAUGAGCGCCUAGGUUGGAAAACACUCCAAAUACUCAGACGUCACAACAGUGGACUGGAGCAAAGUAACGAUUGUGCAGACGGCCCAGGACCGGGCAGUGUUUCGUUCUGUUGUGCACGGGGUCGCCAUGAGUCGGAGCCGACUGGAUGGUGGUAACAACAACACAAAGUGCUUUGUCAACAAACGUUUACACAAGGUGAAAAAAAUGGAGGGAAUUUGUGAACAUACAAGACCCCCAGGAGUUUCUCUUUAUUUUUUUCUAUAACAGUGGCCUGGAAAGUCCUAGAAGCAUCUUCAGUUUUACUUUUUAACUUUUUGUCUUUCAGUUCAAGAGUCAGAUAGAGAUUUGAGGAGCCCUGGUGGCACAUUAUAGGGUCGCUAUGAGUCCGAAUCGACUCAACGGCAACGGGAUUGGUUUACAGGUUUUGGUGGCACACCGAUUAAGCACUCAGCUGCUAACCAAAAGGUCGGAGGUUCGAACCCAGGAGCCAUUCCACGGCUUCUGUAAAGGUUCAGAGCUUUGGAAACCCUACGGGGCAGUUCUACUGGACUCCAUGGCACAGAACACCUUCUGAGGCCGGUGACUUGGGUCAUGCUCCCUGCAGGCCACUAGGUGGAAGUAGUCCCUCACAGUUUCUCAAAAUCACCUCUCUGGGGAACCCACAGGAGAAAAGCCUUGGGGUGCCGUGAGCCCAUUUGUCCCCGUGGACACACCUCACUCCUCAAAUGCCACCACGUGGAAUAAAGCCCACGGUGAGGAAGCACGCCAAAUGAAAUCAUAACCCAUCAACCAAACGGAGCUUCUAUCCAAGAGUUUUCCUGGAAUUUAGAGCCUGAUGUAAUUUACCCAAAAUAGGAAUUGAUAGCAGUAAACAGCACAGAGCACCCGAUAGGGGCAGAAAAGUCUACCGUAUCAGCGGCCAGUUCAAUAUAACAGGGAAGACAGGAUUUCUCACCGACUCCAAGGCAGCUUUAAAUGAGCUCUAGAGCACUUUGAAAAUGGGAGAAUUAUCUUGAAAAUCAAAUUUCAAAUAAGUAUGUAGCCAGAUGAGUACCUUUAUUAUUAUUUUUUGUCUAAAUAAAUAGUUUACUAAGGGUUGUAUUGAAAAGGAGGGGGACUGCAAGGAGUACCUGAGGGCUGCAAACGGUGAAUGUGCUCGGCUGCUAGCCAAAAGGCUGGAGGUUCAGGUCUGCCGAGAGGAGCCUCAGAAGAACGGCCUGGAGGUCUACUUCCAAAAAGUCAGCCACUGAAAACUCUACGGAGCACAGUUUUACUGUGACACAGGUGGGGGCGCCACGAGUCCGUGACAAUUUGAUGACAACUGAUUUAGGAGUCCCUGGGCACUGCAAACAGUUUACAAGCUCAACUGCUAACUGAAAGGUUGGAGGUUUGAGCCUACCCGGAGGCGACACAGAAGAAAGGCCUGGCAACCAGUCUCAGAAAAAUCAACCGUUGAAAACCCCGUGGAGCACAGUUCUACUCUGACACACAUGGGGUCGCCAUGAGUUGGAAUCGACUUGAUGGCAACUGGUCUGGGGUUUUGGCUUAUUAUACCCGUGAGAGAGAACCGGGACGGGCCAAACGCAAUCUGAUGAGCAGGGUCCUUUUGUGCCAAAUGUGUGCUUCUGGGCUCUUGAUAUCCAAGCAAAUAGGGCUCAGUGAGAACCUCCCAAGGAAGAGAAAAAUUUGCAACCAGAUUGUCAUA